GAUACAUUUUCCUCACUUCAUAUUAAUAUUCGUAGUCUACCUAAACACUUUGAUGACUUAUCAGAAUUUCUUCUUACAUUGAACAGGUCUUUCUCCAUUAUUGCUGUUUCUGAAACCUGGUUACAUAGGUCUAAUUCUGAUUUAUUCCAUUUGCCAGGCUACCAUUUUAUCUCUAGUCACAGAGAACAUAAAGCGGGUGGUGGGGUUGGUAUUUAUAUUCAGUCUCACUUAAAAUUCAAGCUUAGAACUGAUCUCCAAUCCUCUGAUAAUGCACUGUAUGAAUCAGUCCUUGUAGAAAUUAUUCAACCACACAGAAAGAAUAUCAUUGUUGGCUGCUUUUAUCGACCCCCUGAUGCCUCGGUUGCUGAUUUUAACAAAUCUCUCGAAGGCAUCUUAUCGACUAUCAGCUUUGAGAAUAAGCUAUCUUAUCUCAUGGGUGAUUCUACUAUUAAUAUCCUUAAUUCACAGUCCCACCAACCUUCUAAUGAGUUCAUCAAUCUUAUGGUAUCUAAUAGUCUAUAUCCUUUGAUUUGUAAGCCAACUCGCCUAACUUCCACAAUUGCAACUCUGAUUGAUAAUAUAUCUACAAACAAUCUCGAACACUGUAUGAAUAGUGGCAUUUUCUACUCUGAUUUAUCUGAUCAUCUCCCAAUUUUCCAAGUCACUCAUCUAAAAUUAGAUGCUGAAACGCCUUGCAGAAAGAGAUUGGCACGCCUCAUUAACCCUGCAACGAUUGCAGCAUUCAGGUCUAAAUUGGAAACCAUUGAUUGGUCUGUUAUCUAUAACUCUGACUCUACCAGUGACUCCUAUGACACAUUCUCUAGUCUUCUUAUUUCAGCAUAUCAUAAGUCAUUUCCACUUAAACCCGUAUACCCUGAAUCCGGGCGUUCUUCUAAACCCUGGUUUUCAAAAGGUCUCUUUGUAUCCUGUAACAGGAAGAAUUCCCUUUAUAAACAAUUCCAAACAAACCCUACUGAAUCAAACAAAUCUAGAUAUAACGAGUAUCGAAAUAAGUACAAUUUUCUCAUUAGAGUUGCUAGGAAAAAAUAUUUUCAUGACAAAUUAGUCUCGGUUAGCUCAGACCUGAGGAAGACUUGGUCAGUUAUUAAGCAGAUUAUUUCUAAAUAG